AUGGUUAAGCAACCAUCCGCAGGCGAGUCUGGUGGCCCCGUGGUCAAGGGCGUCAUUCCCACAGCCAAGCAGGCCCUCGGUGACCUCUUGGUCUGGAGGCAGCGCGUUGUAAUCACCAACGAGCAUGGCGAGGAGACGACAGAAUGGCGAGACCCAGACCCUAUCCAGAACCCCAUCACGCUCAUGGCUCAGUUGUCGGGCAAGGACUGGGUAUUCUUCCUCGUCGGCUUCUGCGCCUGGACCGCUGAUGCCUUUGACUUCCACGCUCUGUCUAUUCAGACCAAGAAGCUGUCCCUCUACUAUGACACCAGCAAGACCUCCAUCACCACAGCCAUCACCCUCACUCUACUCCUCCGCUCUGUCGGUGCAGCCAUGUUUGGUCUCGCUGGUGACAAAUGGGGCCGCAAGUGGCCCAUGGUCUUCAACAUGAUCAUCCUGGGUAUCCUCCAAAUCGCCACCAUCUACAGCUCCACCUUCCAGCAAUUCCUCGCCGUGCGAAGUCUCUUUGGUCUGUUUAUGGGCGGUGUCUACGGCAACGCCAUCGCUAUGGCUCUCGAGCAGUGUCCCUCCAACGCUCGAGGCUUGAUGUCGGGUAUCCUGCAACAAGGUUACUCUUUCGGCUACGUCUUGGCUGCAUGUGCCAAUCUUGGCGUUGGAGGUAGCACUGAGAGUUGGAAGACUGUCUUUUGGAUUGCUGCCGGUAUCUCUAUCGCCGUCGGUAUUGUCCGCAUGUUUUUCCCCGAGUCGCAGCAAUUCCUCGAAGCCCGCGCCAAGGGCAAGAAAUCUUCUACUCCCGGUGCUUUCUGGCAAGACUGCAAGAAGAUGCUUCUCGCUGAGUGGAAGAUGUGCAUCUACUGCUGUAUCCUCAUGACAUGGUUCAACUACUACUCCCACACAUCCCAAGACUCAUACACCACCUUCAUGCUCGAGCAGAAGGAGCUCAACAACUCGGCCGCUUCUCGUGCCUCUAUCCUCAUGAAGACUGGUGCUUGUGUUGGUGGAACCAUCAUUGGAUACUUGAGUCAGUUUGUUGGCCGUCGCCGAGCUAUCUGCGUGUCGGCCCUCAUGUCCGGCUUUAUCAUCCCUGCUUGGAUCAUGCCUGAGGGCGAGCGUGCUCUCAGUGUUUCUGGUUUCUUCCUCCAGUUCUUCGUCCAAGGUGCCUGGGGUGUUAUUCCCAUCCAUCUCAACGAGCUGUCCCCUCCCGCCUUCCGAUCUUCGUUCCCUGGUGUAACUUACCAGAUCGGCAACAUGAUCUCAUCCCCCUCGGCCCAGAUCGUCAACGCCGUUGCAGAAAAGACAUUCAUCACCCUCGGAAACGGUGACAAGGUCGAGGCCUACGGCCCUGUCAUGGGUGUUGCUACCGCUAUCAUUGUUCUCGGCAUCAUCUUUACCACCAUGCUUGGCCCUGAGAAGCGUGGUCGUUCUUUCGAGCAUGCUGUUGCCGGUGUCCAUGAUGAAGACGAUCGCCACCAGAAGAAGGAUAUUGAGACUGCCAGUGUUGAACAAGUUGAGCUGGACCAGAGGAAGAAUACCAAGGACGAGGUCUAG